CCAUCCCUCAUUUCUCUCUGGCUCCCUAAGGCACUGUGUCACCACAGCAGCCAGAGGCUGAUGAUGCCUCCAGGGGCAGCAAGGUGAAGAGGAUCCAGCCCCCAGGCCCUCCGCAGGCCCUCCGCAGGCCAAAGUGAGAUGGUCUGAAGCUCAGCUUCUUUCAACGUUUACUACUCUGUCUCAGAUCACUUAGAAUCACAAAUCUUGCCUGGAUAGCCUCAAAUCAGGCCCAGAAACACCCCUUCAGAGACUCCCUCCUCCCCAAGCUGUGUCUCUUGGCACCCUGCCUGGUUGCUGUGGAAACAGGUUCCACUGCGGACAAAGGAGGGAGCUGGGUCCUGCUUCCUCCUGGUCCUGUCAAUGAGGAUUUUUAGACCGUGGAGACUGCGCUGCCCUGCCUUGCACCUGCCUUCGCUCUCUGUCUUCUCGCUCAAGUGGAGCUUGUCCUCCUUUGCCACUGACAAGACCAUGUGUAAAAGUGUGACCACAGGUGAGUGGAAGAAAGUCUUCUAUGAGAAGAUGGAGGAGGCAAAGCCAGCUGACAGCUGGGACCUCAUCAUAGAUCCCAACCUCAAGCACAAUGUGCUGGCCCCUGGCUGGAAGCAGUACCUGGAAUUGCAUGCCUCUGGCAGGUUCCACUGCUCCUGGUGCUGGCACACCUGGCAGUCGCCCCAUGUGGUCAUCCUCUUCCACAUGUACCUGGACCGCGCCCAGCGGGCGGGCUCGGUGCGCAUGCGAGUCUUCAAGCAGCUGUGCUACGAGUGCGGCACGGCGCAUCUGGACGAGUCAAGCAUGUUGGAGGAGAACAUCGAGAGCCUGGUGGACAACCUCAUCACCAGCCUCCGCGAGCAGUGCUACGGUGAGCGUGGUGGCCAGUACCGCAUCCACGUGGCCAGCCGCCAAGAUACCCGGCGGCAUCGCGGCGAGUUCUGUGAGGCCUGCCAGGAGGGCAUCGUGCACUGGAAGCCCAGCGAGAAGCUGCUGGAGGAGGAGGCGACCACCUACACCUUCUCCCGGGCGCCCAGCCCCACUAAGCCGCAGGCCGAGGCAGGCUCUGGCUGCAACUUCUUCUCUAUCCCCUGGUGCUUGUUUUGGGCCACAGUCCUGCUGCUGAUCAUUUACCUGCAGUUCUCCUUCCGCAGCUCUGUCUAAGAUUCCCUUGGUGGCCCCUGGGACUCUCAGGGCCUAAAGCCUGUGGGAGCCAGCCAGUUGAUGGGAGGGGGUGAAGAGAGACCUGGUUUGGGAGUGGGGUUAAGUUCUACUCUGGUGCCACCACUGAUUCCAUGGGGACCUGGACAAAUCACUCAGCUUUUCCAUCUGUAAAGUUAAGUGUUUGGCUAGACCAUUGGUUUUGCAAAGUGAAACCCAGGGCCCCAGAGUUUUGCAUGGGUACCUCAGGGAGUUCUGGAUUUGAAUGUAGGCUGAGUGAGUGGGUUUCCCAUCCGGGUCAACCACCCAUUCCCAAUGCCUACCUCCUCCCAGAACAGCAACACCUUUUGUAUGAAAAAAAAUUUCAACGGCUUUUAAAAAGUUUAAAAAUUAACUGACUAGGUGGCUUCACAAGGCCUUUCUAUAGCCAUGAAUUAAUCCUUGCUUUUUCUUUAAUUCCCCACCCCUACCCUCAUUAUCUGUUGCAUCUGGAGCAGCACCCUAAGUUAGCCUCUGUUUAAUGUAUGAGCUGCAUCCAAGCCCUGCCUCCAUGCACACAGCAGAGGACUCAACGAAGGAGGGGAGGCUCUAGGAUGUCCCUUUGCUGCUGGGCACACAGGGUCCACUACUUGUAUUGUUCCCAGCUUCCAGCGCCCUCCACUCAAUGGGUUCUGGGGUCUACCUGGCUCAGAGAUGGUGAAGUCCCAUAGCGCUAGGCUUCCUGCCCACUGCAUAUGAAUUGGCAAGGAUUUAGGGGAGGUUUAGAAGGCAGAGUGUUAGAAGCAAAGCACAAACUCCCCAGGAUUUUCAUUUUAAUGAAGAGACUUCAGGGUUCAGGGACCAGAGUUGAGUAAUCAAGUCUGACUGAUUCUCAGUGGUUCUGAUAAGCAGCACACAGAAGCAGAGGCCUGAUCUCCUGGGCUGUCAGAUGAAACCCUAGCUGAGAGGCUUUCCCACAUGGGCUAUGCACGGGCCCUCUCACCAAAGAUCAGCUGUCCACCCAGAAUCAGAGGGAAGGGAGUUGUUAGCAAGAGGGGGCACAUUAAAGAUGUGAAGUGCUUUGCCCAUACAGAAGGGCAUAGAUAUGCGUAAGAGUCUUACACUGAUUUAAAAUGAGGUGUUAUAUGGUUUGAAGUAGGAGAAGACUUUCUGGUAGUGGAGGUAUGGAUUGGGAGAUGGGGAGAGAGAAAGCAGGAUGUGGGACACCACCUUGUGCUUUUGAGGGUCCUCAUUCACCUUGCCUAUUAAUAACUUGAUUCAUUCUUUCCCUUCCUCCAGUGCUCCCCUUUAUAAUGGAAAGUCACCACCAUCUGUAGUGGUGGAGGGAGGAGGGCUACAUAAAGAUGGGAUACUUUAA